AUGGACUGGCACGCGUGGCUGUCGGGGGCGCGGCUGGAGCCGGUGCUGGUGUACGAGUACGCGCUGGUGUUCGCGCGCAACGAGCUGGAGGCCGACGACGUGGCCUUCCUCGACCACGAGCUCCUCCACAGCAUGGGCAUCUCCGUCGCCAAGCACCGCCUCGAGAUCCUCAAGCUCGCCUGGCGCGACCGCCGGAGCCGCGCCCGCGCCCGCCCCGCGGCGCUGGCCCGCCUCCUCCUCGGCCGCGUCGCCAGGUACGUGCGCUCGCUCGUGCGCCGCGACGAGGACGGCUCCACGGCGCUCGUGCUGGUCCCGACCCAGCAGCUGCAGGCCGACGUGGUCGGCCGCAGCCCGUGCGGAGGCGGCGGUGUCUCCAAGCACAAGCAUCAGCGCCGUGGCGGCAAGGCGCUGCGGCGGGCCAAGUCGGAGCCCAAGGGGCCCGCGCCUAGGGCCUCCAUCGGCGGAAGGGCCGCCGCGGCCGUGCACGCGGUAGGCGACGUGGAGGGCGGCGACGGCGACGAGAUGGUCAGGUGGGACCGCCUGUUCCAGGACCUCAAGCCCAACUGA